AAUGUCACGUUUAGAUAGAUUUGUUGACUUUUUACAAUCCCUUGUUUUAAUUCAAAAAACUAAAAGGUUACGCUUGUUUUGAAUAUCUUAGUAUAGUUUUGCAUUAUUAUUUGAUCAUUGAAAAUGUUUGGUUUGAAAUUGAAAUAUUUUUUAAAUUUAUCUGGGAAGGUUAUUGUAAGAAAUUUAAGAAAUAGGCGGAGACCAGAGGUUACUGCUAACCCUGGAUUGAAUAAAAGAAUACAAGCUUUUAAAGAGCAGGGAAUUAAGAUCGAAGAUGAUGAUGCGGAGGAGUUUGUUGAAAAAUCAAACAGCAAUUUCUAUAACGUUGGCGAUGCCUACAACGAUCAUUUAAAGGAAACUUUAAUAGGAAAACAUGACCUGCAAUACAAAAUUGUAAAGGAGAAGUAUUUUAAAGAGGAUUUGCCUAAUUUAUUAACUUGGAGUGAAAAAGAACAAAUCCGCCAUCUCGCUACAACAGAACCAGAUGAAUGGACACCACAGAGAAUAGCAGAAUGUUUCCCUGUUACAGUACCAGUUGUAAAGAAAUUAUUAAAAUAUCCUUGGAAGCCGGCCAAUGAAGAAAGAAUAGCACGACAUGAUGCAUCAGCUAUGAGAAAUUGGCGAGAACUUAAGGAGGGAAAUUUAAAUAUACCUGAGGACUUAAGUAAACACUUCUUAAAAUUUUCUGAACGACAAAUACCCCCUCUCAGUAAAAAAUCAAUAAAAGUUGACUUAACUCAGGCACAAAAAAUAGGUGAGUUUGAACAGAUUAUACAAAUGUGUGCUAAAAAAGAUAAUGUUGAAAAUGAUAUAGAAAUGCCAGAUAACCAGCAAAACAGUAACAAUGAAAAAAGUAACAAAAGAGUAGUGAAAGACCCGAGAAGAAUGACAUUAGAGGAUUUAACUACAAGAAUAAAGGAAAGGUUAGAAAGUGGAAGUGAGGUGAAUACUCCAGAUAGAAUAAUCAUAGACACUGUAAGUACAGAUAAAUCAAAAUUUGUAGACAAUAAGGAAAUUGAUUUAAUAAGUUAUAAGCAAGAAAAUGAUUUAAAAGAAUAUAAAGAACCAGACAAUAAAUCAAUCACAUUAAUGGAAUAUCCAGAACGAAUAAGGAUUCCUAAAAAAGCAUACAAAAAAGGUGCCACAUACAAAAUAAAUGAUUGCUAUUAUGACCAUGAUGGAAGAUUUUUAUAUAGGGUUUUAGGUUUAUCAGAAUAAUUGAGUAAAUGAAACAUCAACA